AUGUACUACUCAGCAGCUACGAUACUCGUCGUAUUAGGUGCUAGCUACGCAGCUGUGCCCAUGUAUCGUGCAUUCUGUUCUGCUACCGGAUUCGCAGGCACCCCAAUGACAGACCCUAGCAAAUAUACAGCGGAUCGUUUAAUACCAACAGAAGAAAGCGUCACUAAUAAACGCAUUACUGUCAGAUUCGCUGCUGAAGCUAGCGAUAUGUUGCCAUGGAAGUUCACACCACAACAGAAGGAAAUUAAGGUGCUUCCAGGCGAGAGUGCAUUAGCGUUCUACACAGCUACGAAUAAAUCUGAUCAAGAUAUUAUUGGUAUUGCCACGUAUAACGUUACACCGGGGAAAAUAGCUCCAUACUUUGCAAAAGUUGAAUGCUUUUGCUUUGAAGAACAACGCCUCCUCGCUGGAGAAACUGUCGAUUUACCCAUCUUAUUCUUUGUCGAUAGGGACUUUUUAGAUGAUCCUUCGAUGCGAGGCGUCGAUGAUAUAGUCCUCAAUUACGUUUUCUUCAAGGCAAAACAUGACAGACGUGGACAAUUAGUACCGGUUGGUGUGCAGGAUGGCGUAGACGUACACGACAUUUCAACACCGAAUCUUGUCAAAUAG